AUCAUCCACCCCUUACAUUCAAAAUGGCGUUCGGAAAGCUUUACGGUCUGCCCGACAACGGUCGCACCCUGGCCAUUCUGGUCGCUGCUAAGCACAAUGACCUCGACUUGGAGCUGGUCAAGACUGAGGCCAACUCUGCUGCCACCUUCAACAGUGGCGCUGAGUACCGCAAGAUUAGCCCCGUUGGCAAGAUCCCUGCCUUCGAGGGUGCCAACGGCUUCACUCUCUCCGAGGCCAUCGCCAUUGCCGUCUAUGUCACCUCCCAGAACGAGAAGACCACUCUCCUCGGCAAGACCAAGCAGGACUAUGCUUCUAUCCUCCGCUGGCUCUCCUUCGCCAACGCCGAGGUUCUCCCCAAGCUCGGCGCUUGGUACCGCCCCCUGAUGGGUCUCGAUGGCUACAACAAGAAGGCCGUCGACGAGGCUGCCAAGAAUGCCCUCAAGGCCCUCGCUGUCCUUGAGUCCCACCUCACCGCCAACACCUUCCUUGUUGGUGAGCGUAUCACCCUGGCUGAUAUCUUCGCCGCUUCCCUCCUCACCCGCGCCUUCGCCACUGUCCUUGACAAGACCUUCCGCCAGGAGAACCCCGCCGUUACCCGGUGGUACAACACCAUUGUCAACCAGGACUCUUUCAAGGCCAAGGAGGAGAAGCCCAAGGCUGCUGCCCCCGCUGCUGAGGAGAAGCCCGCCGCUGAGGCCCCCAAGCCCAAGCACCCCCUCGAGGCUCUCGGCAAGCCCACCCUCAUCCUCGACGAGUGGAAGCGCGAGUUCUCCAACAACGACCCCCGCACUGAGGCCAUGCCCUGGUUCUGGAAGAACUUCAAGGCCGAUGAGUACUCCCUGUGGAAGGUCGACUACAAGUACAACAACGAGCUCAAGCUCACCUUCAUGGCCAACAACCUGAUCGGUGGCUUCCACGCCCGUCUUGAGGCUUCCCGCAAGUACCUCUUCGGUGCCCAGUCCGUCUACGGUGUCAACUACGACUGCAUUGUCAACGGUGCCUUCAUGGUCCGUGGCCAGGAGUGGGAGCCCGCUUUCCAGGUCGGCCCCGACUGGGAGGGUUACACCUACACCAAGCUCGAUGCCUCCAACGAGGCUGACCGCAAGGUCAUCGAGGACAUGUGGGCUCAGGAUGUCCCCGUCACCGUUGACGGCAAGACCCUUGAGUGGACCGACGGCCACGUCUUCAAAUAA